CAGAGAACUACACGAAGCGCAGUGUUUUGACAUUUGGAAUAACAGUUUUUGUGUUGAUUUCCACGAAAUUAGAUCAUAAAUGCUGCGAAUUUGAUCUCAUGACCCUAGAUAGUGCACCGAUAGUGUUUCUUGUUUAGGGUGACUGCGUUAUCUAAUCUUCUGUUAUCGUCGUUCCCUUAUCGAUUCACUGAUCAAACAGAAAUGGCUUCUACUACCACAAUCGAAACAGUUACCAUCCGGAGGCCGUUAAAGGUGAUCGCGUUCAUAUGCGGGCUCAUCGUGAUUGUUCUGAUGAUAAUGGGUCUGGCGUCGACGGACUGGUUGAUGGCAGCUGGUUGGCGACAGGGCCUCUUCAUGCAUUGCAUAGAAGAAAACGCCCCCGAGCCGCUGCCGUUCAAUACGAAAGGUGGCGCGGGUUGCUACACGGCGAGAGAUGCAGCUUACAUUAAGGCGGCGGCAGCGUUGUGUGUGAUAACUUUGUUAACCGACCUAGUUGCCACCGUCCUAACUGGGCUAGGUCUCAGGACGAAAGAUCACCAUACGAAAUACAAAUACUACAGGUUCGCCGUAAUUGUCAUGGGACUAGCCCUUGCUUCGAUUUUGGUGGCGUUAAUAAUAUACCCCGUAUGUUUUGCCGCUGAAUUAAACUUGGGGAACAGAACAGUAUGGGAGUUCGGAUGGGCUUACGGGGUGGGGUGGGGUGCGGCGAUAUUUCUCUUCGGCGGCAUCGUGCUCUUAAUGUGCGACAAGGAGAGCGAAGAGAUAUACUACAAAGAAAGGAAAAUCGUUCACGAUAACGAUUCUCGCGCCUAGUGGCCAC